AACUUUGACCUCCUGCAGUGCUCUGACGAGCAGAAGGUUAUUUGUGGUCGUUAUAUGCUUAAGGGAAGUGAUGCCUUAUGGUGGUCCGGCUAUUGGAGGUUGAGGCAGGCGGAGCUUAAUGUCUUGACUUGGGAUCGCAUGAAGGAGGUGAUCAUGGAGAAGUAUUAUCCUCAGGGUUAUCGCAUGAGGAUGGAGCGCGCUUUCUGGGAUCUUACUCAGGGGACUAGUACCGUUGAGGAGUACGAGCGGGAGUUCACCCGCAUGAGCGCUUUUGCUCCACACAUGGUGGACACUGAUUUGAAGAAGGCCCACAAGUUCCGUGAUGGUCUGAACCAAACCCUCCGUAUGAAUGUUGCUAGCCAGGGGAAUCUUUCCUUUGAUGAGACCGUUAUUCGAGCCACCCAGCUUGAGAGUUAUCAAACUCUCAAUGUUUCUGCCCCUUCCGCUCAGCUAGUGCAGCCUAUUUCCUCCGUACCGCCCGGCUCUAGUUCAGGCAAGAGAAAGUUUGAAUCCCGCCGGGAUAACCGGAAGGGAAAGCGCGGUGGGAGUGACCGUCGUGGUGAGCGCCCCUUCGCACGAGACCAGUUUCCGAGGUGCCGUAACUGUGGUCGUUAUCAUCCGGGAGAGUGCCGGUACACCCAGCGAGUUUGCUUCAACUGCAUGAAGCCCGGUGAUUUCUUCAGUGCUUGUCCCGAGCCCCCGAGGCAGCAUACCCAGCAACAGCAGCAGCAGCUUCCUCCUCCACCUUACCAGCAGCAGCAGCAGCACAGGCAGCCCCCACCACACCAGCAGAGGGCUGGGGGUCAGGCCCGAGUCUAUACCCUUUCUCAUGACGAGGCAGCCAACAACGCAGGUACCAUGUCUGGCAUGAUUUCUUUAUCCAAUGUGUCUAUCUUUGCGUUAUGUGACGCUGGAGCUACUCAUUCCUUUAUCUCCUCUCGAUGCUUGGAGGCCCUGUCUAUUGAUAAUGUGUGCAACUGUGACCCUCUCGAGGUUAGUCUAGCCUCGGGAAGGAUUAUUAUUUCCGAUUCUAUGAUUUCCAGUCUUCCAGUCAAUAUUGGUGGGCGUGUUUUGGAGGCCGAUUGCUAUGUUAUUGAAAUGCAGGACUUCGAUGUGAUCUUGGGCAUGGACUGGCUCACUUCGCUAUCGAGCCGAUAUCUG